AUGGCUGGAGGAAAAGGUAAAGCUGGUAAAGAUUCAGGCAAAUCGAAAGGCAAAGUUAUUUCUCGUAGUGCCCGCUCUGGUCUCCAGUUUCCAGUGGGACGUAUUCAUCGUUUUUUGAAGCAAAGAACUACUUCUCAUGGACGAGUUGGUGCAACAGCAGCCGUUUAUAGUGCAGCUAUCUUAGAGUAUCUUACUGCUGAGGUGCUGGAGUUAGCGGGCAAUGCUUCCAAGGACUUGAAGGUGAAACGGAUCACUCCGAGACAUUUACAUCUGGCAAUUCGAGGUGAUGAAGAACUAGAUACGUUAAUUAAAGCCACGAUUGCUGGAGGAGGUGUUAUACCACACAUUCACCGCUAUCUAAUGAGCAAGAAAGGGCAGCCAACUUCUACUCAGAAACAAGGGACAGCCUGA